AUGGAUCGCGGGGCGCCGUCCUCCCCCUCCCCGCUCCUCAAGUCCCCCCCGGCCCUGCUGAAGAAGCAGGCGGUCAAGCGGCACCACCACAAGCACAACCUGCGGCACCGCUACGAGUUCCUGGAGACGCUGGGCAAGGGCACCUACGGCAAGGUGAAGAAGGCGCGCGAGCGGUCCGGGAAGCUGGUUGCUAUCAAGUCUAUCCGGAAAGACAAAAUAAAGGACGAGCAGGAUCUUGUCCAUAUUCGGAGAGAGAUUGAAAUCAUGUCAUCCCUCAACCACCCCCACAUCAUUGCUGUCCAUGAAGUGUUUGAAAACAGCAGCAAGAUUGUCAUUGUGAUGGAGUACGCCAGCAAAGGAGACCUCUAUGACUACAUCAGCGAGCGCCAGAGACUUACUGAACAGGAAGCUCGGCACUUCUUCCGGCAGGUGGUGUCUGCGGUCUACUACUGUCACAAAAAUGGGAUUGUUCACAGAGAUCUGAAGUUAGAAAAUAUCCUUCUGGACUCUAAUGGCAACAUCAAGAUUGCAGACUUUGGCCUCUCUAAUGUCUUCCAGCAAGAUCGGUUUCUCCAGACCUUCUGUGGCAGCCCUCUGUAUGCAUCCCCUGAGAUAGUCAAUGGGAGGCCUUAUAAAGGACCUGAGGUUGACAGCUGGUCCCUUGGUGUGCUCCUCUAUAUCUUGAUUCAUGGAGUGAUGCCUUUCGAUGGCCAAGAUUAUAAGACCCUGGUCAAGCAGAUCACAAGCGGGAACUACAGAGAACCCACCAAGCUAUCAGAUGCCUGUGGCCUGAUCCGAUGGAUGCUGAUGGUGAACCCAGAGCGUCGAGCCACCAUUGAAGAUAUUGCCAGCCACUGGUGGGUGAACUGGGGUUACAAGGUGCCAGUUGGGGAGCAGGAGUCCUUGCGUGAGAAUGAAUCUCCACUGGCCACAGUGGCAGAGUGGCUGCGCCGCUCUUCAAGGCCCCUCUUUGAAAAUGGCUCCAAGGUACGCUGCUUCUUCAAGCAACACAUCCCUGGUGUCACACUCGAGAGGCAGCGCUCACUUAAGAAGUCCAAGAAGGAGAAUGAUAUUGCUCACAUUCUACAAGAUGCAGGCCCCACUCCGGAGAACCCUUCCAAGUCCAUCCUGAAGAGACCCAAAGGCAUCUUGAAGAAAAGAAAUUCCGGUGAGAAGUCGCAGGUUCCACCUGCUCCGACACCUCCUGUGGACACAUGGAAGGAAGACAGUGCUGCACCUUCUAUUGAUCUGGCUUGUGUCUUGUCAUCCAGGGCUUUGGCCUGCAAGGCAGGAUGUGUUGUAGCCACCCCUUCCAUGCCCAAGAAAGGAAUUUUGAAGAAGCCCCAGAAGAGAGAGUCUGGGUAUUACUCAUCCCCAGAGCGUAGUGAAUCUGGCGAUGUGUUGGACUCUGAGAACUUAGACGUUGAUGCUAGUGUCUUUGCUGGCAACUCAUCUCCUAAUCAGAGCCCCAGUGGCCAUCCUGCCCAGCGGAAAGGCAUCUUGAAGUACAAUGGCAAAUACUCCUCCAGCAGCACAGAGUCUGACAGCGUGCCUGUCAAGGUUUUCUCUUCAUUCGCCGAAGUUGCUUUGCCCAAGCUGUCGCUGGCUUCCCGUACUCAUCCCUCCAGUGCAGUGAGUGAGGACAGCAUCCUUUCCACUGAGUCCUUCGACCAACUAGACUUGCCCGAUCGAAUGCCGGGGAGUGGCGGUGGGGCACCCAUGCGUGGCUCAGUGUCUGUGGAUGAUCUCCUGCAGUUGGAGGAGGCGGCGGAGGACACGGGUCGCCGGCUCCGUCGCUGGACAGUGACUCGUUGCCAAAGCCCCCUUGCGGAUAGCUGCUUCUCUCUGGCGGACUGUGAAAAUGUCACUGAGGUCUACAAGCGGGCUGUAGCUAUUAGCAUGAAACUGAGCUGAGGGGACCCCUUGCCAACAAGGCCCCCCAGAAACUUUUGCUGGCAAACAAUGCAUACAUCUGCAGAGACAUUUAGCAGCUUGGAUUCUGCUGGAAGGGAGCGGCGCUGUCCAAACGAUUUGCACUUCCCUUUGAGGUAGACGAGAGAGCUUCUGACAGUCUUUCUUUUCUCCCUGACUGGGCUUGAAGUGCAGCUGCGUGGAAAUAUUUAUUUGUUGCAGAACUUUGACUUUUCUUGGAAUGUAUGGAGAGGACA